AUGUUGCUGGUAUGGAUAUUCAUCGCUCAGGCCAAGAAGGAGUAUAAGCCUACGGUGCAUCUCCUUCUCAUCCGACAUGGUCAGUACAAUCUCGAUUCGGAUGAGAAUGAGCUCACAGAACUCGGCAAGGAACAGAGCCGGAUUGUUGGUAGAGUUACUCAUGGUCGUGGUGGGUGGUUUGAGGGCUGUGACGCAGCAUUGAACCAGGGCGUUGUUAUGUGCAUGUUGGUGUACAGGUUCAAGAAGCUGAUAUCAUCUGAUGUGUUACGAGCUAAGCAAACCGCUGAGAUCAUUCACGAGGUUCUCGGUGGCGAGAAGGCGGUCCACUACGAAGACCCUGACCCUAUUCUGGCGGAGGGGUGGCCAUGCGUGCCGAUGCCUAUGUCAGAGAGGAGCUAUUCGAAGAUAAGACCGGCACGCCUGCUGGAGGAGGGCAACAGGUUGGAGGCAGCAUAUAGGAAAUAUGUGCAUCGGGCGAAGGACCAUAAAAAGCCGCCGAAGAAGAACAAAACGGUCGAGGAGAAACAAAAAGAAAAAGAGAAGAAAAUUGCGGAAGACUACUUCAAACAUGGUAAGGAAGCGAUAGGUGAGGACGGUGAUGUUGAUGAGGACCUCACCAAAGGACAUGAAUAUUACAUAGUGGUAUGUCAUAUGAACGUUAUUCGGUACUUCGUAUGCAGAGCCUUGCAGCUCCCCCCUGAAGCGUGGCUCAGGAUGGGUGGGGAGAACUGUGGAAUUACGGAGAUAAUCGGUUUCUCAAAAGCCGUCAAUGCUCCGGCUCAGAGCGGCACCUCGUCUGGCCUCUCCGACCCAUUUGAGCACAGCGUCCUCAAGUGGCAUCCGAAUGGUGGAUGUAUCAACGAAAGUUCCGAGCCCUCGGAGGGCCACGGCGUCGUGUAG